AUGAAUACUAGACCUUAUAUCAAGUCGGAACCGCAUAAUUUGGGAGAACCUUUACCGCUCACUUAUAUUUCCUCGUCAUCGCGACCAAACAAAGCGAAAGCUACCUCGAUAAAAGAUACUUUAUCAUCAACAGAUAUGAAUCUACUGAGACAUAGACCAAGACUUCACCAAACGGAUACAGUAAUACCGUCUCAGCAAUUCCAACAGCAAAAUAGUAAUUACAAACUGAGUAGCAAUCUCAACUUGGUCGACCGACUAAUGGCGCAACGACUGGCACCGCCAGCUACUAAUUCACAACAACAACAACAACAACAACAACAAUUGACAAGGACGAAAAUCAAAACAAAGUUGAGGCAAUUAGUGCACGAGUUUAAUGAUAUUGAAACCGUUGAUCAGUCGAAUCUCUUGCUCUUUGACAUGAAGCUAAAUGAACUUGUAGAGUUGGUGGACCAAACAAAAUACCAGAUCGGAAUCGAAGAGCUCGAGGAAGAAAUAAAUAAACAAGAAAAGGAAAACCAAAUUCACAAGAAAGAACAAACAUUGUCGAAUAAACUGAGCUUUGAAAAUUACAGUUUGAUCGAGCAUAUUGUCCAAAACGUGUAUACAUUCAGAUAUUGGAUAUUUUUUUUGGCUACAUUGAUUAUCAUUGGUCUCUUAAGUUUGUCCACGCUUGCAGAGGACUUUAAAUAUCGGUAUUGCUACUACUUUUGUUAA